AUGACCGAAUGCUUCUUGGAUGCUGCUGGAAAGAUUCGCAUCCCCUCCGUACGGUAUUUUGAAGGCCGACCGAAAGGGUUUCCACGCAAUGUCGUCGGGUCGUAUGAACUCUUCGACCUCCCGGAAGACGUAUGCUUUGAAAGAUUUGGCCGUUUUGGACCCUACGGUUUUGGGUAUUCAUUGAAGAACGGCGGCUUGGGGACUGGCGAGGGAGGAGAAAACACUGGUUCCGCAGAUGUCUGGAAAGACACUCAUCGCGUGGACUUCCGAGACGUCGAUUGGGCCGAGGCUCAGAGGCGCUGCUACUAUGCCAAUGUUGACCGCUUCGUGGAUGUUUCAGAGAAGACUUCUUCGGCCCACGGCUUCUACAUACAAGAUUCAGCGGCGCCAGUUGCCAGUCUUGCUAAACGGAGUCUCAAUGAGACCGGAGAACUCGUCGGAGAAACCGAUGGCACAGACGCAGCGGACGCCAUUGUCAAGGCCGAUGAGCCAAAAACGAAAGUGGCCAAGAAGGCAAGGACGGCAGUCGUGAUCAGGUGCUACGACGAAUAUUUGUUUCGGGAGGAUGACAUGGCCUCCCUGCGCUCUAUGAUCACAGAGCUCUCGCUCGCAUCGGGAGGCCGUUAUGACGUUCACCUCCUUGUACAGGUGAAGAACGAUGCUCAGCAUCCGAUCUGGGCCGACCACGACGCCUAUGAGAAACGAAUCCAGGACACCAUUCCACAGGAAUUUCGCGGGCUGGUCACUCUGUGGACCGAAACCCAGAUGCUGUCGCUUUACCAAGGCAUUUAUGACCUAUACACCCGUGGCCCCGACCUGCCAGUACACGGUGUGUAUCGUGGCCUGACCAUGGCGAUGCAACAUUUUGCCUACCAACAUCCGGAAUACGAGUACUUUUGGCAAUGGGAAAUGGAUGUCCGCUACACCGGACACUACUAUGAUCUCUUCAGCAAGAUUGAACAGUGGUCCAAAACCCAACCCCGUAAGAACCUUUGGGAAAGAAACGCCCGCUUCUAUAUACCUGAAGUUCAUGGUUCAUGGGAGGACUUCUCGCAGAUGGCUCGCAUCCAGAACGAAAUGGGCACCUUGAAUCCCGACACCCUCUGGAAUAAGGCACCUGGUCUCAAGGACGACCCCGACAAGGCUUCGAAACCUCGCAAGAUGGUUUGGGGCCCUCAACGUCCUGAGGACAAUAACGACUGGUACAUGCCUGGCGAUGACCCGAAACCCCCUCAUGGUGGUCCUGAGAAGGAUCGCAAUGUAUGGGGCGUUGGAGAAGAGGCCGACUACAUCUCUUUGAACCCCAUCUUUGACCCAGAUGGCACUACGUGGUUGCUAAAGGACGACAUCACUGGGUUCAACCGUACCCAUGGGAACCCGCCGCGCCGCGCCAACAUCAUUACGACCUCUCGCAUGUCGCGCCGACUGCUGCUGACAAUGCACAAGAUGACCGCCUACAAGAAACAAUUUGCUUUCCCUGAAAUGUGGCCGGCCACGGUUGCUUUGCAGCACGGUUACAAGGCUGUUUAUGCGCCCCACCCAGUGUACGUGGACCGCAAGUGGCCCCUUGAAUACAUGGCCUCAAUCUUCAACGGCGGCCGUGACGGCUCAAGUGGUGGAGCACGAAACAGCGUCUACGGCGAUCGCGAGCACAAUCUUCGUGGUUUGUCGUGGUUUUACAAUUCUGGGUUUGGGCCGAACCUGUAUAGGCGCUGGCUAGGUCUCAAGGUCAACAACGACGGAGGUGAGGAGUUUGAAAAGACAGCCGAUGCGAGCAAAGAGGGUGGCUCUGUUGGUUCUAUGCCCGGAGGUGAAGGUCGGAUGUGUCUGCCUCCUAUGCUGCUGCAUCCUGUGAAAGAAGUCGAGUUGCCUGUGGAGGAGCCAGCAGAGGAGGGAGCACAAGCCCCUGAGUUUGACCCAGGAUCAUGA